AUUAAUUUCCCCCGUAAUAGUUACCGCAAAAAUAAUAAUGCAGGAACUGGCACUACUUCAUACGGGAUGGGAUGCUCCGGUACCACCAGAACUACAGCAGAAAUGGCAGGACUUCCAUCGCCAAUUGUCAAAAUUAGCAGAAUUCUGCAUACCCAGAUUUGCUUUCAUACCCGAAUACGUUGAUGUACAGCUCCAUUGUUUCGCCGACGCAUCGGAUCUUGCGUAUGGAGCUUGUAUAUAUGUUCGUUCCAGUGAUCGACAAGGCAACGUACGCACCGAACUUUUGUCAUCGAAAUCUAGAGUCGCGCCUUUGAAGCGACUCACAAUUCCAAGACUAGAACUCUGUGCAGCUAGGGAAGCUGCCCACCUAUACCAGACAGUAAAAAAGGCCCUCAAUUUGGAAAACGUGCAAGCAUAUUUCUGGUCGGACUCAACUGUGGUGUUGCACUGGUUAAAAGCUCCACCCAACUCGUGGAAGACCUUUGUCGCAAACCGCGUUUCAGCAAUCCAGACAACUACGUACGGACACCCAUGGCUGCAUGUGGCAGGCAAAGAGAACCCCGCCGAUCUUGUAUCCCGCGGAAUGAAGGUCGAGGAUUUCCUGGAAAGUGACCUUUGGAAGCAGGGUCCUUUUUGGUUGAAGCAGUCACCGGUGAGAUGGAUGACUGAAGAUGCUGGAUCUCCACCCGAAGAAGCAGAUUUGGAACCCCGAGCAGUCACUCAAGCUACCGCAGCAACACAAGAAACCAGCUUCAUCUUCUCGCUUCGAUCUUCUCUGAUUCCCUUGGUAAGAUUAGUUGCACUGUUCCGACGCUUUGCUGCCAAUUCUCGAAAAUUCAGCCACAAAAAUACUUCGUCAUUUCUAACGAUGCAAGAGAUCAAUUCAGCGAAAAUGGCUCUUGUAAAACUGGUUCAAGAGGAAUGCUUCCAAGAGGAAAUCAAAUCCUUGAAAAGGCUCUACCAUGUUCCACACAAAUCUCCUUUGAAACUACUCUGUCCUUUCCUGGAUAAGGAUAACAUUAUCAGAGUUGGCGGUCGUCUACGGAAUUCGCUAGAGAACUUCGCAACAGUGCAUCCAGCUGUACUUCCAAAGUCGCAUGUCUUCACUAGCCUUCUCAUCGAUUAUUACCACCUUCAAACCCACCAUGGAGGAUGCCAAGUAACGUUAGCGGUCAUGAGACAGGAAUUCUGGCCAAUCAAUGGAAAAAGAGCGGUCAGUUCCGUCCUUCGAAACUGUCAUCGAUGUUUCCGUGUGAACCCCAAGUCGAUUGAACAACCGAUGGGUCAACUUCCGUCCACACGAGUCCGCCCAGCUCGUCCAUUUUUGAUAACUGGAAUUGACUUUUGUGGACCUUUCUACUUGAAACCCCCUCACCGCCGAGCAGCCCCUCCAAAAUGCUAUAUUUCGGUAUUUAUUUGCUUCACGACAAAGGCAAUACACCUUGAACUGGUUAUGGACCUAUCAACCGCUGGAUUCUUAGCUGCACUUCGUCGGUUUAUAGGACAUCAUGGACUUCCAUCGCAAAUUCACUCAGACAACGCGACGAACUUCCAAGGAUCAAAGCACGAGUUAUACGAGUUGUACAAGGGAAUCAACAGCAAGACUGGACAACACGAGAUCGGAUCGGAGCUAGCCCAGCAAGGAAUUUCCUGGCACUUCAUUCCACCCCGUGCUCCCAACUUCGGUGGAUUAUGGGAGGCAGCCGUGCGCUCAACCAAGACCUGCCUGAAAAAGGAAAUUGGAACCAACUAACUAAGCCAUGAAAAUUUUUGCACUCUGCUAGUUCAAAUAUCCGCCGCCCUAAACUCUAGACCUCUAGCCCCAUUAUCUGAUGACCCAAGAGAUUUAGAUGCCCUCACCCCAGCUCAUUUUUUAAUAGGGUCGUCUAUGAAAGCCCUCCCUGAGCCCGAUCUUACCGCCAUACCCACAAACCGCCUAGCUCACUAUCAGCAACGACAGCAGAUGUUUCAACGAUACUGGCAACGCUGGAGCCAAGAAUACAUCACGGGACUGCAACAAGCGACCAAGAACCUUCAGCCCAGCAUCAUCAGCAUCGGCAGCAUAGUGAUUCUACGGGAAGACAAUUCGCCACCACUACAAUGGCCGCUAGCGAGAAUAGUCGAGGUACACCCAGGCGCAGACGGAGUGGUACGAGUGGUCACAGUCAAGACGUUCAAGGGGACGUACAGGCGUCCGGUCAACCGAAUUUGUCCAUUACCCAACGAGGACUCUGCAGAAGCUCCAUGAUUUUUUUGAAGAAGAAGCAAAAUUUUGAAUUGAAAUUGAAUAGCUAGGAUAAGAUAGGUGUUAGUUGAAACAUAGUUUCAAGGGGGCUGGAAAUGUUAGUCGAUAAGCAAAAUAUUUAAAUUUAAGUAAAAUAUGCAAUGAUCACCACUAUUUGAGGAUCACUGGAGUUGCAUAGUACUUAACAUUUCCACAAGAACUCACUACACAAUUGUAUCUAAAUGAACACUGCACACGAACGAUACACGAAGAGAUACAUAUAACCCCCAGUAGAAUAGGUAGAUAGAUCGUUAGAAGACAACACAACAGUCAGUAUCCUACCGAUAGAGCUCAAAUAAAGUAUUACAUAAAGGUUGUGAAUAAGUGGUGGAAAGAAAAGGACUUGGACUACAUAUACAGGACGAAGGACAUUUAGGACGGUUAAGGAUUGGAAGGCGGUGGAUUGUAAGCAGUAAGGAUAAAAGAGGAUCGAGUUGGAAAGAAACGAAAAGGAGAACACAACGUAGGACAAAAAAGGUACGUGGAGAAGUGGUUUGGAAACUUCGGAAAGGCCGUUUAAAGAUUGCUCAACCCGCGAAC